CGCGAGUAGAAAGACCGCCAGAACCCUGAGAGCUGAUUAUGCUGCUCGAUACCCCACGUGUGUAGUAGGCUCUGUUGACUCACUCUCGCUAUACAUGCAUGACACCACAGCUGUUCUAGUACGCCAACCGGAAGUACUGUACUGUUCGUCGAAAAAGAGAACUCUUUUUCCACAAUAUCUGUUUUGAGGAUUUCUAACAACCGCAAAGGAAGAAAAAAGAGAACAACAAUGGAGGCUUUUAGACCAGACACCAGUAGUCCUAAACAAGCACUGCUCAGCUAUGUGAACAACAAUGUCGUUGGAGGAGAGGCGCAAUUCCGCGGUCCGUUCGGACAGAGAAGGGUGAUAUACUGCGAUUACACAGCUUCUGGAAGGCCUCUUCGAUGUAUCGAGAAUUACAUCACUGAGCAUGUCUACACGAUGUAUGCCAACACACAUACCACCACUACCAUCACGUCCAAGCAAACAACUCAAUUCAGACACGAAGCCAGGGAGUUAAUUCGGAGUUGUGUGAACGCCACCGAGGAUGACGCUGUGAUUUUCACGGGCAGCGGUUCAACGGGAGCUAUCCACAAGCUUCUUAAUGUGAUGGAACUACACGGGGAGAAAGCUUCCAAAACUAUGGUGUUGGUCGGACCAUUUGAACACCAUUCCAACAUCCUUCCAUGGAGAGAGAGCGGUGCAAGGGUGGAGAGAAUCAAACAGACACAGGGUGGACUAGUCGACCUGGACGACUUGGAGUCGAAACUACAGGCACACUGCCAGACACACGAACUCAUCCUGGGUUGCUUCUCGGCUGCGUCGAACGUCACGGGAAUUAUCACAGAUACCAAACCGGUGGCGGCGCUAUUGCAUCACUACGGAGCGUUGUCGUUCUGGGACUAUGCUACGGCAGCUCCAUAUUUGGAUAUUGAUAUGAAUCCAACAGACAGCAGACCUGACUGGGACUGUUCUAAAGAUGCUGUGUUUAUAUCAACUCACAAGUUCGUUGGAGGAGUAGGAACACCAGGUCUCCUCGUCGCAAAGAAGCGUCUUUUUGUCAACAAAGUUCCACACGGAGCCGGCGGAGGAACCGUUGCAUACGUCUCCCGUGAUAUGUACCAUUAUCUCCGGGACAUUGAAGCUAGAGAAGAGGGCGGCACACCGGCCAUCGUUGAAUCCAUCCGUGCGGGGCUUACGUUCCAGAUAAAGCAGGCCGUCGGUCCACACUUCAUCGAAGAACGAGAACAGAAACUAGCAAGACUUGCUUUUGAACGAUGGGAGCUCAACGACAAUUUGGUUGUCCUAGGCAACAAGGAAGCCUCCCGUCUCCCGAUCUUCUCGUUCCUUAUCCGGCAUCCGGAGACGGGCAAACUACUACACCACAACUUUGUCUCCGUCCUACUCAAUGAUCUAUUCGGCAUCCAGGCGAGGGGAGGAUGCGCGUGCGCCGGUCCGUAUGCCCAUGAUCUUCUAGGUAUUUCGGAAGACAGCGCAGUCAAGUUUUACGAGCUAAUCCGAGAAGACAGGAGAAACAUGUGUAACGAGGAGCCAGCAGAGGCCGUCAGACCGGGUUUUGUUCGGAUCAACCUACCGUACUUCGCCGCGGAUGAGACCAUCGACUACAUCCUCUCGGCCAUUGAUCUAGUCGCCACACACGGCUGGAAACUUCUACCACAGUACCGAUUCGACCUGAAGAGCGGCGCAUGGACCCACCGUGCCGGCUUCGUCGGGCAGGGCCCAGGCUUCGAGAGCCUCUACGACAUCAGCUACGACCACGGCUUCUUCGAAGUCCCAUCGGAGAAGAGCACCGACCAGUGUCUUGAUGGUCAUACCAGGCUAUCCCAUCAUCUUGAGGAGGCAAUGACGCUGUUCGAGCAAGCUGUGGAUGAUGUUAUGGUAUUUGAUGCUCUUCAAGACCCAGAGGUCACGCUCAGUGAACGCUAUCAGAAUUUCCUUUGGUUCGUCCAACCACGAGAAGCUGCCUUCUGCCUCAACGACGCCUGGCAGCGAAAGCUACAGGUAGCCCUCAAGGCAGGCUACGUGUUCCAACUCGGCAACGAGGAAUCUGAGAACGAUCACGCCGAAGUCAUCGACAGAUACGAGGAGAGUUUGACCCCAGCCGAAGACGAGGAGGACUCUGCAACGGUGCCGUUCACUGUCGCAGAGGUACCCGAGGAAUACUGCCAGAGCUACGGGGCCUCAGAGGACGUUGCCGUUGUCCCCGGUGACGACGACGAGCAGGGAACCAUCGGGUUCUACGGGGAUACCAUGGAGAUGUACACGGAAGCUACUGGUUCGGCAUUCGAAUUCAACAAGCCUGGACAGGGUGGAAACUUCAUGAAUGGCUUCGAGGCGUCCGGUAAACCAUGGUUGAAGAACCCAAGUUAUUACCGUGCCAUCUCGAACGAGAGUGGGUAUAGCAGUGAGGAAGAGUUUACCUAUACCAUGUGAGAAUGGUGCUUUUUUACUUUGUCAACCCCGGGUUUUCGUAUACAAUUUUUUGGGAGAGUGCAUAAAGUAGAUUCUUAUUCCUGUGAAACAUUUUGUUCAAUCACAUUUCAGGAAAAUCAUUGACUCAAUGGUCAAUGAGUCCUACUUUAUAGCAAUGCCUUGACGCAAACGCUACGACCAAUGUCAUUUGUUUUUCGGUUUACGAAAAUAAAUUGCACAAAAAGUCGUCAGAACUAAUAACUCUUAAGAUGUAUUGAGUUGUUUGCGUAACGUUGAAAAAGGCUUUGUCUUUGCACCCCAACAAAAUAAUUGAAAAUCGUAAACAAUUAUUAUUGUUUUGUUAUCCAUUUUGAAUUUUGAUUGUUCUAUCGCAGUUUAGGAAAUCGUAUUUCUUGCCGUUUGUCUUUUUAAUCUGAGCCAGUUUUUCGUUUUGUUUGUUUCACUCGCUGGACCAUUUUUCCUCUCUGUCAAGAUCAAGUUUAUUCAGUUUUUCCCCCAGUAUCUUCAGGGUGAACUUCUUGCAAUGAAAUUGCUUUAACUGGUGGUGGCUUGCAUCUUGUAUAGCAUAAUCUUUUUUGCAUCAAAUGUGUGUAAAUUAUGUAUAAAAUAUUGACUCUAUUAUAAUGAAACGAAACAAAAAACUGAUUGUAUUUGUAAAUUUAUUAGUAGUUUUGUUAAACACUAACUAAAACGCCAAUCAUAGAUUGUUUAUUAGGCCUAACGCUUAGAUGUUUGAAUCUGGACAAUGCAUACGCAGAAAAUAAAUGACAUUUUUUUACUUUGCUUUUAUAGACGAAUUAUUUGUUGGAUAGCACGAAUUACACGUUUGCUGUUAUGUGUUUGUUCAUACAAUUUUGAAUGACUGUUAUUUCCUAGGGUAUCAUUUCUUUUUAAAGGGAGAAAAGCUAUCUUUCUAUGAAGUCUGUGUCAGGAUUGGGAAGGGAAUUUGUGUUUGAGUUUUCUGAUAAUGUUUUUGAGUUUAACAAAGCCUCGAUCCCAAACUCCAGAUACAUUUCACUUUCACUCACCCAAACCAAAAUAACAGAGAGUAAUUUUAUGGCAACUCUGUUGUGUAACCAAUUUCAGUUCCACACACCAUCAAUAAUCGUUCAAUACCCAAACACCGUUGGUUCCGUUUAGUAGUUGUUUUAUGCAUCCUAUUAUUGUAUUCAAGUUAUGUAUGAUUUUGACUGGUAUCUUUUCGUUAUGUAUGUAUGUAUUACAAGAAUGGUGAAUUUUAUUACGUACGUGUACAUAACUAAUGUAUAAGCAACCACGGAAUAUUGUUCUUAAAUACAAGAAAGGCCGAUGUAAAUAUUUGUGGUGAAAGUUAAUCCAAUAACAUUAUUGUGAAAUGUAUUCAUAUUUUAUUAUGAUAUUUACUACCACUGGGUGAUGAAUGAUAUAUUAUUAAUAAGUGCCCGUUAUUAAAAGAGAAAUAAUUUUUUUCAUAAAAUAAAUAAGUUAAA